AUGGGAAACGCUUCUAGCUCGCAAAAAAUAUCUGCGCAAGACAGGGCGAUUCUCGAUCUAAAAAUCCAGCGAGAUAAACUUCAACAAUACCAGAAGCGCAUAACGGUCCUAACAGACCGCGAAACCAGUAUCGCCCGGGAAUGUCUCGCUCGCGGUGAUCGGCCGCGCGCACUUCUAGCUCUACGACGAAAGAAAUAUCAAGAGUCGUUACUUGCCAAAACGGAUGCACAGCUCGACCAGCUUGAGAAGCUGACGGGGAAUGUGGAGUUCGCGCUGGUCCAAAAAGAUGUUUUGUUUGGAUUGAACCAGGGCACCAAAGUGCUGCAAGCUAUCCAUAAAGAAAUGGGAGGUCUUGAGGCAGUAGAAAAGAUGAUGGGCGAGAGCGAGGAGGCUAGAGCAUAUCAGGAGGAAAUAACCCUCAUGCUUAGUGGGCAAAUGUCGAAUCAGGAUGAAGACGAGGUAGAAGACGAAUUAGAGGAGCUUCAGCGUGAAGUCGGCGGCAGCGCGAAGCUCCCAGAUGUUCCCACAUCAGCACUGCCAGAAGAGGGAGCACGGACUCCCGCAACUAGGGCUACGCAGCGUGCCCGUGAAAGGGCAAGAGCACAAGCGGAGAGUGCAGUUCCUAUGGCAGCUUGA